AUGGCACGGCGCUCGCUGUGGGGCGAAGCAGUCAUAGCGACGCUACCUGCCGAAUACAUCGAUGCAAGCGAUCUGAGACAGGUUCCAGACACGCAAGAAGUCUUCCUUGCCCCAGAUUCGGAUAUUUCCGUGAUCCUUGAAAUCUUGCAAGCUGUCGACUUGAAGCAAGAUGAAGAAGCCAUCAGACACAUCUUUGAUUCCCUCGCGCAUGACAACGACGCAUUCUCGUCCAAAGUGACGGAUGUGACAGCUCUUUCGACCAGCCAAGAUGGUCUCUCUCGUGCAUCGCUUCGAGGAUGGCAGUCAGUGUCCAAAUUCAACAAGUCGAGCGAUCAAGCAGAUCUCGUUCGGAUCUACCUAGGUCUCAUUCGCAUUCCGGCAAAUCUGACGCGUUCAAAGACCCAGGGCGCCGAGAUGCUGGUCUGCGUCAACGCACCGGCCGGUAAAGCGCUCGAGCUGCUACAACAGAAUGCGACAGCGCUCCAGGACGAAUCCGUACCGUUGGCCGUGUUCGAGCAGAUCAUGGACAGCUUGCACAUCGUCGAUUACAGCCUCUUCGCCUGA